AUGAAAAGUGUUAUCGAUAGUAAAACUCCUUUAUUUUCAAAUGAAUUUGUUACAUGUUAUUCCGAUUAUUUAAUUAUUCAUUUAUAUUAUUUUCCAUUUGGUAAUAAAAAAAUCAAAUAUAAUAAUAUUCGUUUAUGUGAAUUACGUUUAACCGAUGAUAUUUCUCUUUUGAAUUAUAAAUUAUGGGGUAUGGCAUUAACACCUAUUUGGUGGCAUUGUGAUAUGAGUCGAUUAGGAAGAAAAUAUUAUAUUUUAUUAGAUGCAAAUCAAUGGCCUCUCAUUGGUAUUACAAUGAAUGAUAAUGAUAUUGAAUAUGUUUAUAAUUUAAUUAAACAAAAAAUAUAUUCAAAUCAAUCACAAAUUUAUAAUGAAAAACUUCCAUAUGAUUCAUCGAAAAUCAAUCAAGAAAAAAAAGUUCAAUAUCAAUAA